AUGAUCAUCGCUGGUGGCCCCGCGCCCGAAAAAGUAUUUCCAUGGCAGGUGGGCUUAGUCAGCAGUGGCGGUUCCUGUGGCGGGGUCCUAAUUUCUAGUUCUUGGGCACUGACAGCAGCCCAUUGCCCCGUGGGGAAAAACACCAUUGGCGUCUUGGGAUCUUCUCUAUUUGACGUCCAUACCCAUCAAACUCAUAAACAAAUAAGACGCGUGAAAAUCGCCGUGCGGUACGAAAAAAUCAGUUUAAAAUCCCUUCUCAAUGACGUAGCUCUCGUCAAAUUUGAUUCACCGGUUGUCCUCAACGACUACGUCAGGCCCAUCUGUCUACCCAAGAAGGGGGACGUCUUUGACGGCGUGAACGCUUGUUUCAUCUCUGGCUGGGGCAGACUCUCAGAGUCACCGGGACCUAAGCCGCCGCUACAAUUCGGCAGAACUUCAGUAAUGCCGGAAAGUAUUUGCUUCUAUAACCUCAGACUGUAUGGACGGCAGCUAAGACCGCGCGAACUUUGCAAUGACCAAGCCGGUGCUCUAGCUGGCCGGGGAGAUUCAGGGGGGCCCUUGAGUUGCAAAGUUGGAGGUCGUUAUUACGCUGCCGGUUUGGCCAGCUAUACCUUAAAAGUGUCCGGCAAGGACAAAGUGUUUUUUCUUAACAAUAUGUACUCCAAGGUGUCUGAGUUCAUAGAUUGGAUAUUAAAGACAAUAGAGGAACAUGGAUUAUAA